UGGAUUCUUGGCUCACAAACAAUGCCAUGAGUAAUUACGCCACUGACGACUGGGACUGGAUCCGCACGCUCUUACGCAGGGUCCCUCUGAACCAUACUUUUUGGAGGAUUGAUCCAAAAUUUGGAAUGGAUAUCUGGAAUGGCUCCCGAGGCUCGACUUUACCUGUCCGACCGCGGCAAACUUUCACCAUGCCCCUUCUACCUAUUGAUGACUGGGUCAACGCAGCGUCUGAUCAAGGCGCCCUCCGUCAACAAUGCAGCGUCUGUGGGCAACAGUUCUCAAGUAUCGGCCUGCUUCUUCUACAUUGUCAAGAGAGGCACAAGUUUGUUGAUGGGAGCGUCCCAAGAGAUACCAUCAAUCCCAUCCAAGACGACGUCGACAAGGAGUAUUGGGACAACUGGUUUCUCUGUGCUGAAUGUGGUGCAAAGUUUACAUCUGGUCGGGGCCUAGAGAAGCAUCGCACGGACCAUCACACCACGGACAAGCCCUCCACCUCCAAUGACAGCGCUAAGACCCUCCCUCCACAGGAUCCUCCCAAGAGCAAGGACCAGCUCUUGAGAUGCGAAGAAUGUGGCAAGUCAUUUACCCGGGAGCGAGACCUUCGGAAGCACUUGGUUGAAACGCAUGGCAACAACGAGUCCUUGGAAUGCGAGCAAUGCGACAAGACAUUUGCCACGGAGGAUGACUUGAUGCUGCACAUGAAGACGGCGCAUAAUGAUCCCAAGCCGUACAAGUGCAAGGAAUGCACAACGACCUUCAGUUCAAGGUAUAACUUGAACGAGCAUGUUACUGCAGUGCACCGCAAGGAGAAGCCUCAUCAAUGUCCAAAAUGCGAAAAAUCAUUUGGUCAGAAAAGCAGCCUUCAAGGGCACAUGAGGGAGGUCCAUGACGGGGAGAAAAAGUGGAAGUGCGAUAAAUGCUCCAAGGCAUUUACUCGAAACCAGGCUCUCAAAAAGCAUAUAGAAUUAGCACAUAGCUUCAAAUAGAGUACAUUU